CAAAAUUCUCAACUCAAGAAACUGAAAGUCGUAUUGAGUAACAAGCACUUCUGGUAGUACUAAUUAUGGGUUCGACCGUGAUAUCAAUUCCAGAUGGAGAGCUUUCUCUUCCUCUUCCCAGCAUUAAGAAAGAGAAGGAGAGACCAAACAAGCUUUCAAUUAUUUUCUCCUAUCUUGGAGAGCUACAAAAGAACAGGCAGAAAAUGAGAAAGCUGAUUCACAGCAUCAAGGUUGGGAUUGCACUGGUUUUGGUUUCACUACUCUAUCUGCUCGACCCUCUCUAUGAACAAGUCGGAGAAAAUGCCAUGUGGGCUAUAAUGACCGUCGUCGUCAUCUUCGAGUUCUUUGCAGGUGCUACACUUAGCAAGGGCAUAAACCGAGGAUUGGGAACCAUCUUAGGAGGUGGGCUUGGCUGCUCAGCUGCAACUUUAGCUCAAGAAGUUACUGGCAUGGGCGAGGCCAGCACCAUAAUCAUUGGUUCUGCUGUAUUUGUCAUCGGUGCAGCUGGGACAUACACUAGAUUACAGCCGAGCAUCAAGAAGAGAUACGACUAUGCAGCAAUGAUAUUCAUACUCACCUUCAAUCUGGUGGUUGUUUCGGGUUUACGUGCCGAGGAGGUGUUGAAAUUGGCUCGUGAGCGGCUUUCAACCAUCGGAAUGGGUUUCGCCGUCUGCAUCAUCAUAAGCUUACUCGUCUUCCCCACAUGGGCCAGUGAUGAGCUUCAUGACUCUUUAUCCAGUAAAUUCCAAGCCCUUGCAAAAGCUAUUGAAGAAUGCCUUGAAGAUUACUUCAGAUUAAAUAGUGAAAAGGAUAACCAGCCUGGCCAACCGAGUUCCAGUUCCGGUAGUUGCAAAUCGGUGUUGCACUCGAAGUCUAAAGAUGAGUCGCUGGCAAAUUUUGCGAAGUGGGAACCAUGGCACGGGAAAUUUGGUCUUCACUACCCAUGGAACAAAUACCUACAGGUUGGAGAGCAGCUAAGAGACCUCGCCACCAUUGUCCUUUCCCUCAAAGCCUGUCUUCAAUCUCCUAGACAGCCGUCGUCAAGUGUGAGAGAGUCGAUCAAAGAGCCUAGCAAAGCUGUAGGGUUGUCACUCGCAUUGACCCUGCGAGAGCUCGGAGAGAGCGUUACGAAGAUGAGAAGAAGCCAACAAGAAGCUGUGAUCAUGCCCAAGUUGAAGUCAAUGAGAGUAGAGCUGAACUCCAUCAUUUCUUCUUCCAAGUUUGGACCACUAGAGAAUGUUGAUGAACUUGCUAUUUCAAGCUUUGUCUUCCUGUUGAUGGAAACUGUGGAAAAAGUUGAAGAAUUGGUAAAGGAGGUUGAAGAACUUGGAGAACUCGCUGAUUUUGGUACCAAAUAACUGUCUAUAUACAGUGUAUAUACAGACAUGGCAUGGUCUUCUUAACUAGCUAUGAGUACUAUGAGCAUAUGGUAUUAUGCUGUACAUAAUAACCAUUUGCCAAUUUUGGCCUGGAACUACAUGUAUGUAUGACACCAAAUGAUGCGACUUGGUAGUAACCAUGUAACUGAUCGAUGAUCA